AUGAGUGCUAAUAUUUUUGAAGGGGUUACUGUCCUAAUUGAUGAUGGUUUUUAUACCUCUGAAGAUAAUGAACAAGAAAAAAAAAAAAAAAAAAAAAAUACAGCUAGCAAAAAUUAUACUAACUUAAAAAAUAAAAAAAGCAAGGUAAGCCAUAAUGAGCAAUAUAAUAUAUUAGAAAAAAAUAUGAAUGAAAAUUCCAAUGAUAAAAGUGAAAAUAGUGUAUCUUCAGAUGAUGAUCAAGUAAAUGAAUUCGAAAAGCAAAAUAAUAAUAAAUAUAAUAAUUUAAAAACAAAAAAAAACGAAGAAUAUCAUUACUUUAACUUGGACAACUACUUAGGUAGUGAUAACGAUUUAAAUGAAGAAAAUGAACAGUCAUAUAAUAAUCAAACAAAUAAAAAGGUAAAAGGUAUUAGCGGAAAAGUAUGGAAUGACUCAGAAGAUGAUGAAUAUGAUGAUGAUUCAUAUGAUCGAAAGUUAGAUAGACUUAAAAUAAUUCAAGAUAAUGAUCAUUUAAAUGAUAAUAUAUGUAUUGACGCAUUUGAUGAAAAAGUAAAUGUUGAAGAUAUUUCAGUUAAAGGAAAUCGUGAUAUAAAUGCUUUUCCUUCAGAAGAUAUAUAUAUAUAUGAUAAUAAAGAUACUGAUUAUAAUAUAUAUAAUACAAAAAAAAAUAAAAAACAAAACGAAAAAUGUAUUUUUUUAAAAUAUCGAUUACAUCAAUAUACGUUUAAUCAGAUUAAUGAAAAAAAAAUUAAACAAAUUGUUUCCUUACCAAAUAAAAACAUAAUUUUAUCUGUUUAUAAAAAUAAUUUAUAUGUUAUGGAGUAUAAAGAUGAAGAAUUAAAUGCUUCUAAAAAAUUAAAAUUUAAUAAAAUACUUAAUUAUGUUGAAGAAUAUAAUGAAAGUUCUUAUAUACUAUCCAAUGACAUUUUCCUUCGAAAAUAUGAUAUGACAAAGGACGCGAUAUAUAAAACUAGAGUUCACAAUCCAAAUACUGUUCUUAUUCCAAAAGAAAUAAAAUUUUAUACCAAAAAUAAUAAUUUAAAUGAUGAGACGAAAGAUGAAUUUAGUGAUUUAUAUUCCAUGUCUUUUUAUUCGUCAAACAAAAUAAAUAUUUAUGAUACAAGAAGCUAUGAUAUUGUUAAAAGUUUUGAAUUAAGUAAUCGUUUUAUAGGUAUGAAUUUUCAUAAAAAAACAAAUAGAUUAUUUGCUAUAGAUAGUAAAGGAUAUAUAUAUAAUUGGUGUUUAAACACAAAUAAAUUAAUUAAUAAAAUGAUGGAUAAUUAUUCAGUUUUUCCAUCUGCAUUUGAAGUAUAUAAGGACUAUCUUGUUACUUGUUCAUUUAAUGGAUUCCUUAAUUUAUUUGAUAUUAAUAAUUUAAAUAAGCCAAUAAAAUCUUUUAAAAACUUAACACAUAGUAUUCGAGAUGUAGUUUUCAGUCCAGCUCAUAAUUGUCUAUUAUAUUAUACACAUCUUUUAAAAAACGGAAUUAGGAUGGUAAAUUUAGAUACAAAAUAUGUAUACUGUAAUAUACCUUGGCUCACUACACGAUCCAAAUAUAAUAUAUAUGCUGCGAAUUUUUUUAACAACGGCAACAAUUUUUGUUUUGCUACAAGCUCUAAUUCUUUUUAUGUUUACGAUAUUUGUGGCUACAAUUAA